AUGUUCCGCUACCAGUGCUUCAGGAUUGGAAGGCAAGGGAGGUUUUGGUUUGUGGGGAGGAAAAUCUACGGAUUGGGAAAUGUGGAGAUGAGGAGUAAUCUCGUAGAAGUGAAGUCCCUUGAGGACUGCCCUUUGGAUGGAGAUGAAGAAGCUUUUCAUAAUUUGACUGAGGAAGAUGAGGAUAUUGAUCAAUUCAAUGAUGACACAUUUGGAGCUGGGGCGAUUGACGAUGACUGGCGGGAAGCACAUGAAAGAUUGGCUGAGCUGGAAGAAAAGCCUGCCUGCUCAACAGAGCAAGUGGAUCACAGGGUUACCGACGAGAUGGACCUGUUGGGUGAUCAUGAGGAAAACCUGGCAGAGAGGCUUAGCAAAAUGGUGAUUGAUAAUGAAUUGGAAGAUCCAGCCAUUAUGCAGGCUGUGCAGACUAGGCCUCAGAUACAGCAGCCAGGUGGCCUCAAUUCAAGCAUCUGGGAUGGGCCCUCAGUUUUGAGGCGCAUGAGAGGACCACUCCUCACUCAGGAAGUGCCCUCCGUAUCAGUGCUGGAAUAUGCCCUACCACAGAGGCCUUCGCAGUCCCGAGAAGAGGAGCAAGAUGUCUCAGAGCGAGCACUACCCAGGCGGUCAUGCUCCCCUGUUAUCGGCAGUCCUCCUGUUAGGGCUGUUCCUAUUGGGACGCCCCCUAAGCAGCCCACCAUGCCCAACUUCAACCAACAGAUCCUAUGUCCAAAGCCUGUCCACAUCAGAGUCCCAAUUCAGCAGCGUUAUCCAAGUCCCUUCAGUGACAGGAUGUCUCCGAACCAGCUCUGCAAUGUAACGAACAACUCCCUCUUAGGCCAUCCGUUCCCUCCUAAUGUUACUCCUGUUCUCACCCACCUCCAGAGAGCACAGCUACUCGGAGGAGCACAGGCAGGGAGGAUGUCUCCCAGCCAGUUUGCACGGGUGUCUGGUCUUGUUGGCAGCCCUCUUGCACCCAUGAAUCCAAAACUGCUCCAGGGCCGAGUAGGACAGAUGAUGCCUCCAGCCGGUGGCUUUCGUGCCUUUUUUGGGGCACCGGCUACACCACCAUCACAACACCACUCCCCAUGUCCUGGAGCUCACUUGCAGAAUCUACGACCUCGGCCACAGAUGUUCAGGCCAGAUACAACCCACCUUCAUCCACAACAUCGACGACUCUUACACCAGAGACAGCAGCAGAGCAGGAAUCAACACAGGAAUCUAAAUGGGUCAGCUGGGGACCGAGGGAGCCACCGAAAUAACCAUCAAGAGCAGAUCAGGAAGGACCCUUAUGCUAAUCUUAUGCUGCAACGGGAGAAGGAUUGGGUAUCCAAGAUUCAAAUGAUGCAACUGCAAAGCACUGAUCCCUAUUUAGAUGACUUCUACUAUCAGAACUAUUUUCAGAAACUAGAAAAACUGUCUGCAGCUGAGGAGAUGCAUGGUGAUGGUCCUAAAAAGGAACGCACUAAACUAAUCACCCCACAAGUGGCGAAACUAGAGCAUGCCUAUAAGCCAGUGCAGUUUGAGGGCUCGCUAGGGAAGCUGACCGUAUCCAGUGUGAACAACCCCCGCAAAAUGAUAGAUGCUAUUGUGACUUUAAGAGGAGAGGAAGAUGAAACUAAGGAGAAGCAGGUUCGAGAUAAAAGGCGCCAGACUCUCUUCACUAUUGAAAAAACCUAUAGCCUCCUCCUGGAUGUAGAAGACUAUGAGAGACGCUACCUUUUGAGUUUGGAAGGGGACAGGUUGGCCUUGAUGGAGGAGAGAAAGCAGAAAAUCUGUGACAUGUAUGACAAUCUGAGGGGAAAGGUGCCCAAUCAAGAAAGACUUAGUGAUGACGCUUUUGUGCAGAUUAUGUGUAUACGUAAAGGAAAACAUCUCGUUGCACGGAUCCUACCUUUCUUGUCCAGUGAACAAGCAGCUGAGAUACUAAUGGCAACAGCCAGAAAUUUGCCCUUUCUAAUCAAGAAAGAUGCUCAAGAUGAG